GGGCUCCGCGGCCGGGGUGGCGCCGGCCCUGGCCACGUUCGGCCUGUCCAUUCCAGCGGGCGCCAUCUGCGGCGGGGCCGCAGGCCUCCUGAUUGGCACCACCGCCGGCAGUACCGCUGGUGGUGCCGGGGGCUUCUGCCUCUAUAAGUACCGAGUGCAGAUCAAGGAUGGGGUCAUUCAAGUCAAGGUCAAGGCCCUGAAUGCCUUUGAAGCUGGCCGCGACAAAGCCAAAGGCACCGCCUCCCGCACCAAGCUGGCGAUUGAGUCGACGGCGGCCCAAGCUCGAGAGAAGGCAAACGUGACUGUCGCUCUGGCCAAGGAGAAGUCGACAGAGGCAGUGAAGCUGGUGAAGGCCAAGGCUGGUGACGCGUUCACCUACGCCACCAGCACUCGCACUGGUGUCUCCUCUGUCUCUGCCCUGCUGGGUGGAGCAGUGGGCACGGCCACCGGCGGCGCCUGUGGUGCGCUGGCAGGAGGAGCCGUCGGCAUGGUGCCAGCCAUCUUCACUUUCGGUCUGUCCAUCCCGGUGGGUGCCACCAUCGGACUGGUGGCAGGGGCGACUACUGCAGGAGGAGCCGGUGCUGUGGGCGGUGGCGCAGUGGGCUUUGCCGGCUUCACCUACCGCGAGGAGAUCCAAAAGUCAGCCAGUUACCUGCACAAGAAGGGCAUGGACUCGGCUGAGCAGGUGAAGAGUCGUGUCAAGUCUCUGGUUGGAGCCGGAACUGGAGGAACUGCAUGAGGUACAUUCACAGAGGUGUGUGGUUUGCCGCUUGAUGUUCCUUGCCUUGAACUGAAAUGUCUCCCGAUCCUGCAUGGAGGCCGCGCAUGUCUGAGGAAACUUCCAUAUUUUUGUCUGUUAAUGUCGCAGAGUGCCAAGAGGCGUCGACAGAGCUCUUCGUGCAUCCCGUUUUCCACAAGCGAAGUGUGCUGAGCUUGAGACUUGUGCGCGAUGCCUGCGCAUGGCCUCACUUUGACGCUCAGCUCUCGCGGAGUGGUGCACCUUCGUACAGGUUGUGCCUGAACAACUGUUUGGCUCGCAGCGGGAGCUUAAGAGGCUCGUGCUGUCUAUCCAGGCACAGUUGGCGGACAGUGGAAACUUGUUCCAAACCACAACCCGGCCACCUGAGCGCUGUAUUUUGCUCAUUUUGCC